CGCAGAGGCUGCGCCUGCGCUCUCCGCCGGCUUAACGCGUUUCCGGGGAGAUGUGGGGAGAGGUUUUGGGCGGGGAAGCCGAUUGGCAACGCCCCCUCCACUUUACUGGCGGGCUGGGGAGCGUUUGAGCCGUUGGAAAGCGGUUUCGAAUCUGGGGAGCGGACGGUAAAACUGUUUGGCUUGCUCUGGCACAUUUUCUUGUCCGCGAAACGGCAAAGAUCGUCAGUACGCACUGUGAACUGUGAACCUCAUGGAGCCAGCCGGGGAAGGGGCCGGGAGACAUCCCAAGAAGGGCAGAAAGAGAAGGCGGGCCCCGAACAGGCUGGUCAGGGCGCCUGAGGCGAUGAGAGCCGGUUGGAAUCUGGAGGAGAGGCAGCCUGACGCCAAGAGAGCUCGCUUAUCUACCAUUUUAUUUGCUGAAAACUGUGAAGUAACCCACAGCCAGCUAUGUGAAUUGCUGAAGUAUGCAGUUCUGGGCAAAUCCACUGUUCCUAAACCCAGUUGGUGCCAGCUUUUUCACCAAAACCACCUGAACAACGUGGUGGUUUUUGUUCUGCAAGGAAUGAGUCAGCUGCACUUUUACAGGUUCUAUUUGGAAUUUGGAUUUCUCCGAAGGUCAUUCAGACACAAAUUCCGCUUGCCUCCUCCAUCAUCUAAUUUUCUAGCCGAUAUCAUUGGACUGCAAAAGAAACAAAUAAAUGGGCAUCUUCCCAGGACAAUGGAAGGGUCUUCAUCUUCUGCUAGUGUAAAAGCCACCUUCAACCUGCAGAAUGACCCCAUCAUUCAGAAGUUUGGCUUUAAGAGAGUGGGCUUGACCAGAUGCCUUCUAACAAAGGAGGAAAUGAAAACAUUUCACUUUCCAUUACAAGGUUUUUCUGACUGUGAAAACUUUGUACCUACCAAAUGUAGUGGUACAGUAACGGACAACAGCCCUCUCUUUGGAAUUGACUGUGAAAUGUGCCUCACACCCAAAGGGAGAGAACUAACACGCAUCUCACUGGUUGCUGAAGGAGGCUGCUGUGUUAUGGAUGAACUUGUGAAACCUGACAACAAGAUUCUUGACUACCUCACCAGCUUCUCGGGAAUCACAAAGACGGUUCUUAACCCAGUGACGACCAAACUCAAGGAUGUACAGAGACAAUUAAAAGCAUUGCUUCCUCCUGAUGCUGUGUUAGUGGGCCACUCUUUAGACUUGGAUCUCAGGGCACUGAAAAUGAUACAUCCGUAUGUUAUUGAUACAUCAUUGCUUUAUGUCAGAGAGCAGGGCAGAAGAUUUAAGCUAAAGUUCUUAGCCAAAGCUAUUUUGGGGAAGGACAUACAGUGUCCAAACAGGAUUGGUCAUGAUGCCAUAGAAGAUGCGAGGACAUCCCUUGAAUUGGCUUGCUAUUUCCUUAAAUAUGGCCCAAAGAAGAUUGCAGAAUUAAAUCUGGAGGCACUUGCUAGUCGCCAGGAAUUGCAAGCAGCAGGCCGAGAGCUGAAAAAUACAACAGAAGUUGUUCAGCAGCCAAACACAAGUGUUUUAGAAUGCUUGGACUCAGUGGGUCAGAAACUCCUUUUCUUGACCCGGGAGACAGAUGCUAGUGAACUUUCUUCUUCCAGAAACUGUCAAAGUAUUAAGUGCCUUUCAAAUAAAGAGGUUCUUGAGCAGGCUAGAGUGGAAAUUCCCCUGUUUCCCAUCAGCAUUGUCCAGUUUUCUUUUGAGCCCUUUUCACCCAGCUUCACUGAGGAGAUGAACAAAAGGAUGAGAGUCAAGUGGUCAGAGAUGUCAACUGUCUAUGCUGGGCCAUUUAGCAAAAAUUGCAACCUCAAGGCUCUAAAGAGACUGUUUAAGAGCUUUGGCCCAGUACGAUCAAUGACUCUUGUUCUUGAAACCCAUCAGCCUCAUCUCUGUAUCCAGUAUGAAGUCCUAGAAGCCGCCCAGCUGGCUAUAGAGACCUUGGACAGUGUUCUGGUAGACGAUAUCUGCAUCAAGGUGCAGAGACCUGUAACUGAGCUCACCCUCGAUUGUGACACCCUCGUGAAUGAGCUGGAACGAGAUUCUGAGAACCGAGGUACUAUUUACCUGUCUGGAGUAAGUGAAACCUUCAAAGAACACCUGUUGCAGCAACCUACCCUCUUCUUUGGCCUGGAAGCUGUGAUCUUGCCUAAAGAUCUUAAAAGCGGAAAGCAGAAAAAAUACUGUUUUCUGAAAUUCAGAAACUUUGGCAGUGCCCAGAGGGCCCUCGACAUUCUCACAGGCAAGGACUGGAAGCUGAGAGGCAGGCAUGCCCUAACCCCUAGGCACCUCCAUGCAUGGCUCAGGGGCUUGCCUCCUGAAUCAAGAAGGCCCCCAGGUAUUCGUGUCUUACCACCCCCCUCGGAGCAGCAGGCCUUACAGGUCCUGAAGGUGGAUCACCCGAAGAUAGCAGCCUGGCGCUGGGGUCGGAAGAUUGGAAAGCUCUACCACAGCCUAUGCCCAGGCACCCUCUGCCUCAUCCUACUGCCAGGAACCAAGAGCACUCAUGGAUCGCUCUCUGGCCUAGGACUGAUGGGAAUAAAAGAUGAAGAGGAAAGCACCAUCCCAAACAUGUCUUUAUCUGGCCUUAUAUGGAAGUUGGGAACCAGGAGCCAGAACCGAAGAGUCUGAUUUGGAUUUGGGGCACUGCAGAUUGAAUCCCUCAUCAGGAGGAAAGUUCCCCAGCUUUACUGCCAACCUCUCCUGCAAGGCUCUGAAUAAAGCCAACUCUUUAAUGGCUGACAGGAAAGUGUCCUGGCACUUUAUCAGUCACGUUCCACUAACCUUGGCCUAUGGCAGUUCCUACCAAGACCAUCUCUCUAAUUCUCAGACUUUUCCAUGGAGCAGCUUGAAACCGACAGUGUUGCUGGAUUCCUUCCCGCCCAGCUGAGUUCCAGGGCUGUGCUCACCUCUUGAGGCUGCAGUCCUGAAGAACAAAAUAAGUGCUUGCCUUUGGACAGACAAGACUGGGUUAGAGCUUCAGCUCUGCUCCUGGGUAUUCUUGGGCAAGUCACUUAAUCCCAUUUGAGUCCAUUUCCUCAGCUAUAUAAAAUGAGGAAUAGCUACUUUUAGGGAGAAUUCAAAGAGCCAGUUUGUGGGAAAUGACAGAAUAGCAGACUAUAUGUGAAUUAUUUUCCCUCUCUGAGCCUGUUUCCUUACCUUUAAAACAGGGACCUUAACCCAUUGCCAUCAAAUUGAUUCUCAUAGCGACCCUGUAGGACAGUGUAGAACUGCCCCAUAGGGUUUCCAAGGAGUGGCUGGUAGAUUCGAACUGCCGACCUUUUGGUUAGCAGUCAGACAUCUACCACUGCACCACUAGGGCCCCAUGGGGACUUUAGUACCUUCUUAUUAAAUCUGUUAUUGGGAUUAAAUUAGGGAAAGCCCAAAUGAAGUGCUCAAUGGGAGGACAUUUUACCAAGGAUCAUUUUCCAAAUGCAGAAUCUCAGAGCACAUUAGGGCUUCCUAUACUCCUUUUUUUUUUUAUACUCCUAGGAAUAGCCAAUGCCAUUUCCUUCUGGAUGGGUGGGGCUGGCAGUUUCUCCAUGGGCCCCCAACUCCAGAACUCUACCGAGGUUGGGACCCGGACCACAAGGCCUCUGAGGCCUCAAUCUGCACGCAGUGUUCUUCCCUCAGCUGGUGCUCCCACCUUUUGGAAGCCAAAGCUGCCAACUUGGCCUCUUACAAACACACAUUCCAUUCAUAAGUGCGUUUGUGCAUUUUUCCUCCCACACCCUUCUAGACUGCGAAUACGGAGCUGCCAAGGCAGCUGCCGGAGAAGCAGCUUCUGGGGUUUCUUUUUGUUUGGAGGGGGUGAAGGGGAAGUGGCAAAUCCAAGGGUUUUUUUCAGAACUCUUAGUUUAGGCUUUGCAUGUACUCCUUUUUCUGGCCUCCCCACCCACAAUGGGGUUGUUCAGGGCACUCAGCCAUGUUCAUCUUCAUUUCCUUUUGUCCCCUUUUUGUAAAUAACCUUUUCUCUAUGAUAAAAGGAACCCAAAACCAAACCCGCUGACGUUGAGUCGAUUCCAACUCAUAGCAACCCUUUAGGAUAGAGAACUGCCCCAUAUGGUUUUGAAGGAGCGCCUGGUGGAUUUCAACUCCCUUUUUUUUUUUUUUUGGUUAGCAGCCGUAGCUCUUAACCACUAUGCCACCAGGGUUUCCUUUAUUAUAAAGGAUGCCCAUUAACGGAAAUUUUAAAAAUCCAGGAAAUUAAAAUCACAUCUAAUCCCAUCUCCUAGAGUCAAUAACUGCCAGUGUUUACCAUCUUGUUUCAAUACUCAAAAGCAGAGUUUUCACAGCUAUAUAAUAUUCCAACAUGUUGAUGUGUCAUGAGUACUAAAAUAAUCUAUUGUUGACACGAAAAUUCCCAAAUGGUGCUGCCAAUUAUACUCUUCUUGUACAUCUUCGGCAGAUAUUUCUUUAGGAAAAAUUCCUAAAGUGAAAUUACUGGGUUUUACAUCCAGAAAGGUUUUUACCAUGUUUGUUAGCAUGAAUUUGUUUCAAAUCUUUACCAAUUUGAUAGGCUAAAGUUUGUCAUUGUAGGUUUAAUUUCUAUUUAUUUGAAUACCCUUUAGAUUGGCAUUCAACUUUUUUCGCAGAAGCUUUUUGGCCUGUUGUUUUUCUUAAGUGAGUUACCCAUAUCCUUUGCCCAUUUUUCUAUUGGAAAGCUAAGUACUUUUCCAUACUGAAUUUUUAAGGGCAUCUUAGGGAUUUAGUGUCCCUUUGUCAGUUAAAGUCUUCACUGAUCCAUAGAUUCAAUUUAAUAUCUUCUGACAAGUAUAUGUAUUUUUAAUGAUUUAGUUUUUACACUUACACCUUACCUCCCCCUUGGCAUUUAUUUUGGCAUUUGGUUCUUUUUCCCAAUUACUCAGAUGAUUUCACCCAGUUAUCCAUCAUUACUUACUCAGUAAAGGACGCCUCCUUCAUUAUGUAAAUCCACAUGUACAUUAGUCUGUGUCCCUGUUACAUUGUCUUGCAUUAGUACUAUCUAUUUUAUAGCUAUUUUAAUCUAGCGGCAGUACCACCCCGGAAAAGCACAAGCCCCAUGGGGAGUCCUCAUCUGCAUGAAUUACAAAACACCUUAGAGAGUUAUAUGCCCUCUUGCAAACUGCAUUCCUGCCAUAUUCCACUGGGAUUUUCUCAGCACCCCUAAGAUAAGAGACUGAAUCAAGGUCUGAACGUUGCAUAAAGGAGAAUGUUAACCCAGGUGGGAGCUUUAUGGCUUUCAUAAGACACAGCAUCCUCCGAAGUCAAAGAAAGGGAAAGGGAGAUUAGACAGGCCCCCCUGCUUCUCCUUCCAGGCUUACCAACCCUUGGGAACCUAUGUCAGAACCCAGACGUAAAGGGGAACUUCCAGAGCCAACCCACCAUGUGCUGUGGCAAAUGGAUUUGAGAGCAGAGGCCAGUGCUGAGGUGACUUCUGUACUCCUCGAGACCCUGUGCAUCUCCUUAGCAUAGCAGACCUUUCCUGCUAGAAAAAGUAAGCUCCAUGUGUAGUUAAGUUUAUCUGGUAAGUGUAUGAACAAGCUGCUUGUUUCUCAUCUAAUUAAAAAUUAACUGUAAAUCUGGACAGCACCGUGACAACAGUUUUGAGUUGCUUUAUACAAGCACCAAAAUCACUAUCCUCUACUUUGUCACUCCCAAACCUGUUUGCGAGGCCCUGGCUAGACUCAAAGUGGCCACAAAAGCCCAACAGCCAAAUGGGGAAAGAGUACACAUUUUGGGGAUAUACUUUUUAAGUGAGAAAAAAGUCACCCCCUAGGUUUCCUUCGCACCCCCAUCUGAUGCUACACUUGGUAAUAAAGGAGGAAGACAAAAACAUUUCAGUUCACUGAGGAAACCUCAAAAAUCUGUCCCUGGCUAGAAAGAUUUCCAAGCCCCUUCCAACUCAAAAAUAAAAUCUAAUCCCACCACUGUACUUUUAGGAGAUAGCAUUUUUAGAAGGCUGGGAGUCUUGGGGGAUGCCAUUAGGGCCUCCAUCAAAGAAAUGAGUAAGAUGGCUGGUCAAUAGCUUUCCUGUAUAUAAACAACUAUACAGAAAAUGCAAUAGAAGGAAGCUAAGGGGGAUACGUGUUUUACCAAAACAGACUUCUAGAACGUAAAACAAGAUGGUGCUAUCGGGAAUCAUGUAGUCCGAGCUCCUUCUGCCCCAUUCGGCACAAAGGGAAGUUGAGCCUCAAGAGGAGCGGCAACUUGUAAGAGGUGACAUAUGACCAUGCCAACCUCCCUCUUAUAUUUUCUGGAGCCCCCUGCAUUACUCACAUGACAUCUUUUGUGGAGAACCUUAGGAGAGUGCUUACAUGUUUUAGGAACUUAAGGGAAUUCUUUUAAGUACUAACACUUGAUACAAUUAACGUUCUCUUAAUUUUAUAGAUGAGUAAAAGGAAAUUCAGGUUUACUAACUUCAAACAGUGGCACUUGGCAGUCCUUUAAAGCCAGGUUCACCUUGUCUCCUUGCCUUAAUCACUUCUAAUCGGUUAGGUCUAGGAGCCAUCCAUUUUACACAGUGCUCAAAUUUACUUUUUAUUCCUCAUGGGAAUCCACAUGAGUUGGUAAGGUAAGACUGUCUAGACAGUUGCCCUGUGAGGACUCUUACUCUUUGCCUACAAGUACUGGGACCCCAAAGGCCACCCUGUUAACGCUUGGUGAGUGGGAGGUCAAUACCCAUGUUUGGAAUCUGGGAAUCCUGUACUAUCUGGAUUAAAUUUUCCAAAUCCAGUAUCACGUUGGGAGAGGCUCCCGGUAGUUCAAUCUUGCCCCAGAAUAAAGUCACUGCUUUUUUUUUUUUUUUGCAGAAAUGUCAAUAGUCAAGUAAACAAAUUUAUUAAAUCCAACAGCAGGUAACCUUCCAAAUUAAAAAAAAAUAAUAGACAUCGAAGACAAAAAUAUGUGUAACAAGUUAAUAAAAAUAUUCAAAGGGCCAUUUGGAGAGUGCAACAAUGCAGAGAAUACAAACAAAAGUAUUGACUUCUGUCAAGUUUGUACAACCUCAGGAAACGGACACACUGGUCACAAACCAAGAGGGAUCCACAAAGGUGGAGGGUCACAUGAGUAGUGUGGACUCAUCACCUCAGCGGGUUAAGGCAGGGUAUCUGUAGGGUCAAUUCAUCCAAGCCCCAUUUGCCUAUUGCUUCAAAUUCCCCUUUGAAACCUAGAAUUAGAUUCAUUAGUGCAACAGGUUAAGAACAAUUAUAAUCACAGAUUCAGGAGCCUGGGGACCAGAGUCAGAAGAAAGAGCUUCUCCCAGAGCAAGUAUAUGUGUGUUGGGAAAGGAAAAAAAAAAACCCACAGCAGCAGCUGCUGAAUGGCUUCCUUUGGCAAUAUCCAAGAUUUGUGUUGACAGUAGUGGGGAAGGACAGUGGGUAGCUCAGUUUCCAAGAAGAGAGAAGUAAGGAGGACAAGAUGCCCCGGAACCUGAAUCAAGCAGAACCCAUUUGAACCAUCUUGGCUUCUACAAUCAGUGCUCAAACACAUUUUUUUUUUUCCCCUUUCAAAAAGGAAGGAAAAAAAAAAAACAAAACCCUGCUGAACU